CUCAUCUUGGCGUUUUUGGGUUCCUCUCGCUUUACAGCCGAGUGACGUGGAACGUCAACAUUAACAUGGCUGAGCCGGAGGAAGUGUCGCCGCUAUCGUCCCCUUCUCCUCCGCUAUCUUCUCCUGGCCCGGAGGAAGAGGAACCGGACACUUGGGAAGCAGAUCUUGCUGAAGCGCUUGAGGCUGGAGGUUGUGAUCUUGAGACUGUAAGAAAUAUUAUUCAAUCACGACCAGUUCCUCCAGAGCUGAGGUCAAAAGUAUGGAAGAUUGCACUAAAUGUGGCAGGAAAAGGGGACAGUUUGGCGUCAUGGGAUGGAACUUUGGAUCUUCCAGAGCAGCCGGUGAUACACAGGGAUUGCCAAAACAUUAUUGACCAGCUGUCAAUACCAGAAGAUCGGAAAUCGUCAAUUCUUGUUGAUAUUGAAUCUGCUGUUACGUUUUAUUGUAAAUCCCGGAAUGUUAAGUACCAUGAAGAUGUCAGCUGGUUAUAUCUACUUAAACCGCUGCUGGACCUUCAGAUGCCACGGAGUGAUUUAUACAAUUGCUUCUAUGCACUUAUGAAUAAAUAUAUUCCCAGGGAUUGUAAAAAGAAAGGAAAACCAUUUCACUUAUUCCGGCUACUGCUGCAAUACCAUGAGCCUGAGCUUUGUUCUUUUCUAGACACAAAGAAGAUUACCCCUGACCACUAUGCACUCCACUGGUUCGGGAGCAUAUUUGCUUAUCAUUGCUCAGUGGAAGUUACUCAGGCAAUGUGGGACAGUUACUUACUGCAGGCGGAUCCCUUCUUCAUGUACUUCCUAAUGCUGACUAUGCUCGUCAAUGCCAAAGAUGUCCUACUGGCCCAAGAAACUGAUAGUAAAGAGGAACUUAUAAAACUUUUAGAAAGUUCCCCCACGAGUUUAGAGGCAGAGGAUAUCGAGGACCUCUUCAGCUUGGCUCAGUAUUACUACAGCAGAACACCAGCUUCCUUCCGCAAGGAAAACCAGACACUUUUUGGCAGUAGCUUGAUAGCACUCAAAGAUGAUUCGGAUUUAAGUCAAGCUCUUUGUAUGGCAAUUUCAGUGUCCGAAAUUCUUCAAGCAAAUCGGCAACAAGGGGAAGGUGUACGGUUCUUUGUGGUAGAUUGCAGACCAGCAGAGCAGUACAACUCUGGGCAUCUAUCAACAGCAUUUCACUUGGAUUCUGACCUGAUGUUGCAGAACCCAGCAGAGUUUGGUCUUUCAGUGAAGUCUCUGCUAGAAGCUCAGAAGCAGUCUAUUGAGUCUGGUUCUGUAGCUAGUGGAGAGCACCUGUGUUUCAUGGGAAGUGGCAGAGAAGAGGAAGACAUGUACAUGAAUAUGGUGCUCGCUCACUUCUUACAGAAAAAUAAAGAAUAUGUAAGUAUCGCCAAAGGAGGAUUCAUGGUGCUACAGCAACAUUUAGCAGACAUUAAUGUGGAUGGUCCAGAUAAUGGAUACGGACACUGGAUUGUUAGUACUACAGGAUCACGGAACAGUAUGAGUUUCUAUGAAGAUUCUCCUAAUGGUGAUGGAAAAGGGAUGAAGUCACUGGUAAAUAAAAUGACAGUCGCAUUGAAAACCAAAUCAGUAAAUGUGAAAGAUAAAGUAAUAAGCUUCAUUGAAAAUACAUCCACUCCAGUAGAAAGAAUCUCUUUCAAUCUUCCAUGGCCAGAGAGGGCGAGUUUGGAGCGGCAUGUAAGCAGCAGUGAUAGGCUGGGCAAGCCAUAUCGAGGUGUAAAGCCUGUAUUUAGCAUUGGGGAUGAAGAAGAAUAUGACACAGAUGAAAUCGACAGCUCAUCCAUGUCCGAUGACGAUCGCAAAGAAAUUGUAAACAUCCAAACCUGGAUAAACAAACCUGAUAUUAAGCAUUAUUUCCCAUGUAAUGAAGUAAAGGAAAAUGGGAACAUGUUUCCGAGUCAUCUCCUGGUAACUGCAACCCAUAUGUACUGUUUGCGAGAGAUUCCGUCAAAAAAGGGAUUUGCCUAUAUACAGUCUCGGCAACCGUUAAGCUCUGUCGUCAAGAUUACAUCAAAGAAGAAACAUCCUGAAUUAAUCACAUUUAAGUAUGGAAACAGCAGUUCAACUGGAGUGGAAAUAUUAGCAGUAGAAAGGUAUUUGAUUCCGAAUGCAGGUGAUGCCACCAAAGCCAUUAAACAGCAAAUAAUGAAAGUUCUUGAUGCCUUGGAAAGCUAACAAAGUAUUCCCAAAAUAAAUGUGGACUCUAUCUAUACACUGACUGGAAGAGACCUUUUCUAUAUGUUGAUGGGGUAAUAAAAUAGUUUUUCGAGUUAUUUAAUUUUUUUCCGGAUCUAUUUCAUAACGCUCCUUUUUUUGCAUAAAGUUGUUUCUUUUAAUACUAAUUUUCGCUCCUUGGAUACUGACUCUAUUCCCUAAAAAAGAUAUGGAAAAGCAGUAGUGCACAUUGUAAAUAUUUCCAGAAUAUGGUACAUAGAUUAUGCUUUCUCAGAAAAGUCUUCUAAACACUGGAGGGCUUUUAUUUCAAAUUAAUUGAGAAUCUUCUUUCAUUAAGAGGAGAACACUCAGGCGAGCAUAAUUCCUCUUACGGCAAGUCUUUCAAAAGAAUGUUCCAUUGGUAUCAUUUUUCAGAGCUAUUUUACAGGUGCUGGGAGGACUUUAUAUACCGGAUUCCCUGUUUCAAAUAAACCAAAUGUUUCUUAAAACAGACAAGCACUAUUCAACAGUAUGUUUUAAAUUGUUUAGGGCACUUUUUUAAGUUUAAACUGUAAAAUGGUUUGUAAUUUUCAGAAGGCUAACUAAAUAUACAUAUUAAAAUGCCUAGUCAGCAAA